AUGGCUAGCCGCGCUAUUUUAGACGACAGGAAUCCAGCCAUCCAAUAUCUCGGUGCAUGGGAGAGAGGUGGAGAACCAGAAGAGCACGCGGGGACCUCAACAUACACCAAGUCUGCCAACAGCACUGUCGAGCUGUCGUUCCAUGCCUCCGGGAUCAGAAUCAUCGGUACGGUGGAUUACGCCCAAGACAGUCAUCCAAACCCUAUUUCGAGCUACACCUUGGACGAAACGUCCGAGUUUCGCUUUGCACCACAGUUGCAGGCGAACAAGACGUUCAAUGUGACAUUUUUCGAGGCGUCGGGACUUCAGAUCAGGGAACACCAACUUGUCAUACGAAAUGAAGUUCAAGGUGCAAUGUUGGCACUAGACCAGGUGAUACUUAUAAACCCAGAGUGCUCCUACAGCUUUAACUACACAAAGCAUACCGCCACCACCCGUAACCAGACCGUCGACUCAGGAGCUCCACUUCGGGGUAAAACUACUUCACCAAUACCUGCCAUCGUGGGCGGGACGCUGGGCUGUCUUAUCUUCGUCUCGGUGCUCGGAGUUCUCCUAAAGGCCUGCUACAAGGCACGAGGCGUGACCAUGGCCUUUCAACACGUUGAGCAGUUGUCUACAACUUCCCCUGCCUGA